AUGAUGAACUACGUCGCAAGAAGCAUCAGAGUGGGUGCCAGCUCCAUCCUCCACAGCCGCUUGCCCAGCUCCUUCAUCGCCAGAAAAUCGACCUUGACCCAGGUGUUCUCUGAGAAAGCAAUUCAUCCCAUCAAAGCCAACGGCUUCGUCUUCCUCUCCGCUCAACUCCCCGCCGACGAAAACUGCAAACUGGUCGGUGGUAGUGUCAGCAACCAAACCCACAAAAUGCUUCAAAACGCCUCUCAUGUUCUACAAGCUGCAGGCUCGAAGCUGGAGAACGUUGUCAAGGUUAAUCUGUUUGUCAAGGAUUUUCAUAUGAUUGAAGAGGUUAAUGAGGUUUAUGCUGAGUAUUUUCCACAGAGGCCUGCGAGGACUGCUGGACAGGUUACUUUUAUGCCUGCUGGUGCGGAGAUGAUGGUUGAUUUGGUUGCUGUUGUUGAUGAGGAGUAA